GAGCCGGGGCCGCGGCGGGGGCUCCAUGGCCGGGCGGCGCGCGGAGUGACGGGCCGGGCCAGGCCGGGCCGCGGGGCCGGGGCCAUGGACGUGCGGCGGCUGCGCGUCAACGAGCUGAAGGAGGAGCUGGGCCGCCGCGGCCUGGACACGCGCGGCCUCAAGGCGGAGCUUGCCGAACGGCUGCAGGCGGCGCUGGAGGCCGAGGAGGCGCGACGCGGGCCCGGCGGCGGCGACCCCGCGCCCGACGGACACUACGACAUCGACAGCAACACUCACCAGAGCGACCACCAGGGCUACCAGUCCUUUGAGCAUGGCGCCGUCAGGCAGGAGAAUGAGUCCAGCUACGAGCGGCGGCCAACAGAGACGGAGCAUCCUGGCCUGCACCCAGAGAUGAAGUCGGAAGUCAAGCAGGAAGACCCCACCCCCGGCUACAACCUGCCUCCCCCCAGCUACAACGCCUCAGCCCCCAGCUACAACAUACCACCCCCCGGUUACAACCCACCCCCUUCUGGCUACAGCAUGCCCCCCUCUGGCUACAGUGCCCCUGCCCCUGCCUACAGCGUGCCCCCAGCUGGCUACACUGCACCUGCUCCUGGCUACGGCGUACCCCCACCAGGCUUCAGCGCCCCUGCUCCUGGCUACAGCGCCCCUCCUUCUGGCUUCAGCGCCCCACCGGCCAACUACAGUGCACCUGCCCCUGGCUACAGCGCGCCCCCAGCGAGUUACAGCACCCCUGUACCAGCCUUCAACGCGCCUCCCACCAGCUACAGCACGCCUGAUGCCUCCCAACCCAGGCCACCCCAGCAGCAGCCACCACCACAGCCACAGGGCCGUAAGCGGCCAUACGAGGAGCCGCGAGGCAGGGGCUACUAUGAGCACCGGGAAGACAAGAGGGGCCGGUCACCUCAGCCGCCUGCAGAGGACGAUGAGGAGGACUUCGAUGAGACGCUUGUGGCCAUCGACACAUACAACUGCGACCUGCACUUCAAAGUAGCCCGGGACCGAUACAGCGGCUACCCACUGACCAUUGAGGGCUUCGCCUACCUGUGGUCAGGUGCCCGUGCCACCUAUGGCGUACGGCAGGGCCGUGUCUGCUACGAGAUGAAGGUCAACGAAGAGAUCUCGGUGAAGCACCUGCCCUCCACGGAGCCGGACCCCCACGUGGUGCGCAUCGGCUGGUCACUGGACUCCUGCAGCACGCAGCUGGGAGAGGAGCUCUUUUCCUACGGCUAUGGCGGCACUGGCAAGAAGUCCACUAACUGCAAGUUCGAGAACUACGGCGAGACCUUCACUGAGAACGACGUCAUCGCCUGCCUCGCGGACUUUGAGUGCGGGGAGGAGGUGGAGUUGUCCUUCAUGAAGAACGGCAAGUGGCUGGGCGUGGCCUACCGGGUGCGGAAGGAGGCGCUGGGCGGCCAGGCCCUCUUCCCCCAUGUCCUGGUCAAGAACUGCGCCAUCGAGUUCAACUUCGGGCAACGCGAUGACACCUACUUCUCCGUCCCGCCCGGCUUCACCUUCAUCCAGCACCUGCCGUUGGCCGACCGUGUCCGUGGCACUGUGGGCCCCAAGAGCAAGGCCGAAUGCGAGAUCCUCAUGAUGGUCGGCCUCCCCGCUGCUGGCAAGACCACGUGGGCCAUCAAGCAUGCGGCUGCCAACCCCUCCAAGAAGUACAACAUCCUGGGCACCAACGCCAUCAUGGACAAAAUGCGGGUGAUGGGGCUUCGGCGCCAGCGCAACUACGCAGGGCGCUGGGACGUGCUGAUCCAGCAGGCCACGCAGUGCCUCAACCGCCUCAUCCAGAUCGCUGCCCGCAAGAAGCGCAACUACAUCCUGGACCAGACUAACGUGUACGGCUCAGCCCAGCGGCGGAAAAUGCGCCCCUUCGAGGGCUUCCAGCGCAAGGCCAUCGUCAUCUGCCCCACGGACGAUGACCUCAAUGACCGCACCGUGAAGCGCACGGAUGAGGAGGGCAAGGAUGUGCCCGACCACGCUGUGCUGGAAAUGAAAGCCAACUUCACACUGCCCGAGGCGGGCGACUUCCUGGACACGGUGGUGUACGUGGAGCUGCAGCGCGCCGAGGCCGAGGUGCUGGUGAAGCAGUACAACGAGGAGGGCCGCCGCGCCGGGCCCCCUCCCGAAAAGCGCUUUGACACCCGACCUGGAGGGGGCGGCUUCCGGGGCCGAGGCGGCGGCUUCCAGCGCUUUGAGGGCCGUGGUGGUGGUGGCAGCAGUGGCGGCGGCCCUCAGGGCGGGGCCCGUGGCGCCUUCCAGCCCCGUGGGGGCGGGGGGGGCUUCCGCGGUGGCAGUGGCGGCAGCAGUGGCGGCGGCUCUGGGGGCAGCACUGGCAGUGGUGGAGGCUUCAGCCGGGGCAGCUACACCCCAAAUCGGUGGGGGAACAACACCAGGGACAACAACACCAGCACCCGGGGCAGCUACAGCCGCAACGCGCAGCCCCCGAGCAGCUACAGCCCUGCCCGCGGACCCAGCACCUACAAAGCCAGCGGUGGCAGCAGUGUCAGCGCCAGCACCGUGGCCCCCACCAACACCAGCACGGCGCCCCCCACCUACAGCCAGGGCCAGCAGCCGAGUUACAGCCAGCCCUACAGCCAGGGGGGCUACAGCCAGGGCGGCUACACUCCCAGCUACAGCUACGGGAGCUACAGCGGUUACAGCCAAAGCUACCCCCAGCCCCCGCCCCCGCCGCCAGCGCAGCCCUACAAUCAGCAGAACUACAACCAGUACCAACAGUACGCCCAGCAGUGGAGCCAGUACUACCAGAGCCAGAGCCAGAGCCAGUGGCCUCCCUACUACGGCAACUACGACUACGGGAGCUACUCGGGCAGCAGCCAGGGAGGGACCAGCGCCCAGUGAGCCCAGCCCCGCCGCCCCGGCCUCCGACCAGCCGGCCCGAGACCGCCGCCGGGGGGGCAGGGGAGGGUUGGCGCCCUCCCCACCCCUCCGAUAGGCCUGACGCCGGCCUCGUCCCCUCCGCCGCCCAGCGCAUGCGUCUCGCCUCUUCCACCCGCUUUCCUUUCUUUUUAGUUCCCUCCCCGCCCUGGUUUUAGCUCCCGGACCCCACCCCGGCCGGGGACCCCCUGGUCCAGACUUUAACAGUAGCAAAGGGCCUGACUCCUAGAGCCCCCCCGCCCGCCCGCCCGCCCGCCGCCACGACCCAGCUAGCGAGACUUUCCGAGCUCCCCCUGCCUUUGCGGCCCCACCGCAGAGCCCGUUUCCUCCUGCCCCCGUCCCCGGAGGUGUUUUUAAUCCAUCAGCUCUGAAGCCCUGGGACCCGCGCGGAGCCCAGGCCGGCGCGUGGCUCUUCUCCCAUCAGUCCGUGCCCCUCCUUCCCGUUCAGUUUUGAUUCCUUUAUUUUUUAGACUUUUAUUUCCCUCCCCGUCUCCCUUAACUGUGGGUCAGCAGCUGUUCCUGUCUCACCAAGGUCACCCCAGCCCCUUCCUCGGCCCCGUCCCCCCCCCCCCAAUCCGCUCAAUUCAGGUGAGAACAAGAGAAAAAAACACAAAAAAAAAAAACCAACCUCCACUUCGAUGUGUAACUUUUUUAUACGAUGUCUCGGUUUCUGUAACUUUGCACACGCUCCGUGUUGAGUUGGAUUGUACCGGCUUUUUGUAUUUGGAGAAAGAGUGACUAUUGAACUUUA